GUCUGGAAAGUUCUGAUGAACUGUUAGAGAUCAAUCUGCUUUUGUGAUAUUGGGCUAUAGAAAUAAUAUUGACUCGACUUGACCUCUUCUACAUAGAAGACCGAGAGAAGAUCGAGAGGUUUUUUUUCCUGUUCUUGAAGUGAUGCUUUGUGAGAGCAGACUUUGGACCAUGACGUAUGGUGAAGUGGACGAGGUGGAGCCCCCCUCUCCUGACAGAGCUCCCCAGAGCUCCAUCAGAGGAAGAUUAUGGAGAGCUGCUGCCGCCCUUAUGCCUGCCUCCAUCAGCCAUGCUCCCAUCAUGCACCGCAAACACACCUCUCCUCGACACACCAGUGGUAAAGACCGAUCACAACGUCGUUCUGUUACCCACAACUCCAACAGGGCUCUGGUAGAGUCAAAUGCUCCUCUCCCUCAUCAGGCACCGAUCUCCCCACAGAUGGAGAUCCCCAUCCAAGCUCGUCCGGGUGGAGAUGUCCCCUUUCUGGUGCCCUCAUUCUGUCAGAGCAUCUGCCAACACUACAGUGACCUCCAUAUUGCAGGAGACCAAGUGCUGCCUCUCUCUGCCGACGACGGGAAGCUCCUACUCGGCCCCGAGAGCAAGGCCAUUGGCCCUUUCCUCCAUUCCUGCGACGUCCCGCUCGCCGCAGAAGACUCUCUCCCACCACAGGCUUCUCAAGCUGGCACUCAGGGCCAGCUGAGAGGAGGCUCGACCAGCUGGAGACUUGGCAGCGGCCGAGAUCGUAGUAUUUUAUUCCAGGGGCGUGAAGAGCCCCUGUCCAAUUCCCUCCUAAACCGAUACCUGGAACACAAACUCUUGGACCUGUACCAGCAGUACAUGCUGGAGAAAAUGGACAAGGAGCAGAAUGGCCCAGCGGGCUCCGACUUGGCUCCUACCUGCCCCCUGCUGGGCUCUGAGAUGCUCCUGACCAGCCUGGACCAGAUCACGCUGCAGCUGAGCCGGGAGGGGAACCUGGAGGCGGGCCUAGCCAAGGACAUGGUGCUCAGCUGUCUGCGGCGGGUGGCCAGUGACAUGCAGUCCAGCGAGAUAAGCACUCCCUUCCUGCAGAUCUCCAAUGAGGCUCCAAAGGAGCAGCCGUCAGAUGACAACGAGGGACAACUCAUCAGCACCAUCGCUCCCCAGCUUAAAGAUGUUUUGUGA